AUAACCUCUGCUGUUGCGAACCCUCGUAAAAAAAAAUUCUAUGUGAAAAAAAGACACAGUCCUGACCAAAAAACAUAAAGCAGGUAAUUUCUUCUUAAGUGCCAAGUGAGUGCAAUUGUUGUAGAAAUAACGUACCUAUUUCCAACGAUCAAUAAUAUGACAGGGUUUAUUAAAGUUUAAACUGAGAAAACAGGUGAAAAGUGAAAAAUUCUUGUUUUGCUUACUUUGCUUUAUCUCUUUCUAGUCUAUUAAAACCGUAUAGGUCUUUCUCAAUUUCACACUUUAACACAAAACAUUUUUAAUAUUAUAAAGAGGCACCGGAUGUUUGUAUGGAAACAAAUGUCAACAAAAGAGAGGGUGGGACUGGGGUGAAUUAGUAGUUGGUGGGGGCAGCCGAAAGAAGGGUGUCGGGAUCGGCACAGUAAUAGCAAUCGUGCACGGCUCGAGCUUGGGUUCGAAACGCACUUUUUCCCUGGAACGAUCACGUCGCAAACAUAAUAAUGAUCACCACUUGCUAGGCCUCAUUGUGACCGGUUUACAGACAUCAUGACACGGAACGUAUGUCCUUUAUUUGUAAUCUGCGUUAUAUCAUCCCUCGUUCAAUUAGGUUGGGGGCUUGACUGUUACAAAUGUAGCACCAUUUAUUACGAAGACUGCAACGAUCUGCAAGAUAUUUCCAAAGCAGAAGUUGAACUAUGUCCUCAAAACGGCGGACAGCGUAAUUUCUGCGCCAAAUAUACAUUUUCGUACGACAAUAAAAAAAUGACACAGAGAAGCUGUGCGACCGUUGACGAUUGCAAUUUGGGGUUAGAGAUGUUAAAAUCUAUGUAUUCCAUCGACGUCUUGAAAUCCUGCGACUUCUGUACUGGAAAACUGUGCAAUUCAGCCACAAAUGUAGAUGUGACUGUCACUUAUGUCGUCGCCUUGUUAACAACUGUUUGCAUGCUUUUGUAGUUUACUUACAAUAAAGAUUUUCUUUUGU